AUGAAUGGUUACGGUACAGAGCCACCUGAUAAAGACAAAUCCGAUAUCACAGCAUUGCACAAUGAAUCGAUUUUGUCCGAAGUGGAAAUAAAACAGGAACCGACCGUCAAACAAGAGAAUGAAGUCUCCGACGAAAUAUUGAUGGUGACGCGAUCAAUACACACAGCCAUUGCAUCACUUGGCAUUUCGAUUGGUGGUAAAGAAGUGGAUUACAGCGAUGGUUACUUGGAUUUUUGUGAUUUGGAUAAUGUGAAAUUGGAGGUUAAUAUUGAAAAGGAUAAGAAUGAGGCGAAUCAAAUUCCAUGGAUGAGCUUUAACAAAGAUGAAAAGCUACAAAACAAUGCAAAGAAGAGUUUCCCGAAAGCGAAACCAUGUGGAUCAAAUCACCAUCGUACGUUGAAGGAAUUUUCAGCGAAAACCGGUGGAGGUGGCACAGCCAACAGUUUUAGUAGCAAGAAGGUGCCAACUGAAAGAAAGGUGAAUGGAAAGCGACACAAGUGUUCAUUGUGCGAAUAUAUCACCGACUUUGCAACUUCUUUGAAAACACACAUGUUCAAGCACACCGGCGAACGACCAUUUCCAUGCAGCAUGUGCCAGAAGCGGUUCACCCAGAAACAACAUCUCCAAUCGCACAUGAAAACACACGUCGAUGAAUUUCUGUUCAGCUGCUCAAAUUGUUCGCAAGGAUUUCAUCGCAGCGACGAGAAAGUGAAACAUGAAACCGGUUGCAAGACGAAUUUGAAACGUCAUCUGCGCGUGCAUACCGGUGAGAGACCAUUCGAAUGCGACCAAUGCUCAAAGAGAUUCAACCACCCAACCGCUUUGAAACGUCACAUUGAAACUCACAUCAAUCGUCGUCCUCGUCCAUUGAAAAUCAAGUGUUCAUCUUGCUUCAAAAACUUCGCCCAACAAAAGGAAAAGGAAAAUCAUGAAGCCAACUGCAAGCGACGUGGAUACCGAUGCGAUUUGUGCAAGACCUACACAACUGACCGUAAACCAGAUUUGAUGGACCACAUGCGAAUUCACACUGGCGAAAAGCCAUUCCGAUGUGAAAUAUGCUCGAAGUGCUUCUCGCAAAAGGAGGAUUUUAAACGUCAUCUGCGCGUGCAUACCGGCGAAAGGCCAUUCGAAUGCGACCAUUGCUCAAAGAGAUUCAAUCAACCAAGUGCUUUGAAAUAUCACCGCAAAUCCGACGCUAAUCCUCGUCCUUGUCCUCGUCCAUUCAAAAUCAAGUGUUCAUCUUGCUUCAAAAUCUUCGCACAACAGGAAGGAAAGGAAAAUCAUGAAGCCAACUGCAAGCGACGCGGAUACCGAUGCGAUCUGUGCAAGACCUACACAACUGAUCAGAAAGGACAUUUGAUGAGACACAUGCGAAUCCACACUGGCGAAAAGCCAUUCCGAUGUGGCCAAUGCUCGAAGUGCUUCUCGCAAAAGGCACAUCUCAACAAACACAAGAAGAUUCACAAAACAACGCCAACAAAAUACAUGAAUUAUACUCCGGCCCAAUUAAUGCAAAAUCGUAACUUGAGAUCGAACAUUCCGAUGCAUGAGCCAACCAUUAAACAAGAGAAUGAAGUCUCCGACGAAAUAUUGAUGGUGUCGCGAUCAGCUCACACAGCCAUUGGAUCGCUUGAUAAUUCGAUUGGUGGUACACAAAUGACUGACACCGGCGUUCACUUUGAUUUCUACGAUUUGGAUGAGGUAAAAUCGGAAGUGAAGAUCGAGAAGGUCAAGGAUGAGGCAAAUCGAGUUCCAGGAAGAAGCUUUGUCAAAAAUCGAACGCCACAAAGCAAUCCAAAGAAGCAUCUUUCCAAGGACAAGAAUCAGAAGUCAAGUGGGUUGAAUGGCGUUGCAGCUAUAACCGGGAAAAAUAAGAAUUCAAACAGUUUCGAUGACAAGAAGAAGCCAACCGAAGGCAAGGCAAAUCGAAAGCGACACAAAUGUUCAUUGUGCGAUUAUAUCACUGACAACAAAACAAAUUUGAAUACUCACAUGCUCAAACACACUGGUGAACGACCAUUUCCAUGCAUCGUGUGCCAAAAGCGAUUCACCCAGAAACAAAAUCUCCAAUCGCACAUGAAAACACACGUCGGUGAAUUUCUGUUCAGCUGCUUAAAUUGUUUGCAAGGAUUUCAUCGCAGCGACGAGAAGGUGGAACACGAAUCCGGUUGCAAGGUGCGUCGCUACGAGUGUCAUCUGUGUAAGGAAUUCUCCACAUUGAUUAAGACGAAUUUGAAACGUCAUCUGCGUAUUCAUACCGGCGAGAGACCAUUCGAGUGCGACCAAUGCUCAAAGACAUUCAACCACCCAACUGCUUUGAAAGGCCAUCGCAAAUCUCACACCAAUCUUCGUCCAUUGAAGUUUAAGUGUUCAUCUUGCUUCAAGAACUUCACACAACAGAAGGAAAAAGAGAAUCAUGAAGCCAACUGCAAGCGACACGGAUACCGAUGCGAUGUGUGCAAGAGCUACAUAACUGAUAAGAAAACUCAUUUGAUGGACCACAUGCGAAUCCAUACUGGCGAAAAGCCAUUUCGAUGUGAAAUAUGCUCGAAGUGCUUCUCGCAAAAGGCACAUCUCAACAAACACAAGAAAAUUCACAAGUAG